AAAUAAUGUCACUGGAAUCAUUAAAUAACUUACCUUCUGGAAGGAAUAAUGCAUUGGAAUCACUCAGGCUGCGGGCUCAGGCUAAUGACAUGAGACUGUCUCACCUUCAGGAACUCGUAAGGCUAAGUUCUGAGCCCGAGAGUACAAGUACUACUGAGCUGUCUACUGAGCUGUCUGCCGUUACAAGGGACAGAGAUAAAAUCAGAGAAGAGUAUGAGGACAGUAAGAGAGCUCACGGGGAAGAGAUCAAAAAAAUGUGUGAAAAAAACACAGAACUCAGAACAGGGUACGAAAAUAUUACAAAAGAACACGCAGAACUCACAACAAGGUACGAAAAUAUAAAAAGAAAAAACGCAGAACUCAGAAGAGGGUACAAAAAUAUUACAAAAGAAAACACAGAACUCAGGGAAGAAAACGCAGAACUCAGAAGAGGGUACGAAAAUAUUACAAAAAAAACCGCAGAACUCGGGGAACAAAAUGCAGAACUCAGAAGAGCGUACGAAAAUAUUACAAAAGAAAACGCAGAACUCAGGGAAGAAAAUGCAAAACUCAGAAGAGGGUACGAAAAUAUUACAAAAGAAAACGCAGAACUCAGGGAAGACAACGCAGAACUCAGAAGAGGGUACGAAAAUAUUACAAAAGAAAUCACAGAACUCAGGAAAACUGUGGAAAAUCAUCAGCGCCUAGUGGAAGAAGCGCAGUGUAUAAUAAAUAGAAAUGCUCCUGAACCUGAGGAGGCUGAGACCCAUGGUUCGUGGUGUCAUGGUGCCAAACACCUGCUUAAAGUAGGUCUUGCCACAGCGGCCAUUGUUGUUCCUGCAGCUUGCUGGGCCAUCUCAAAGCUUUUUGGCUGAAGUGAAUGUCCCGCUCUGUGGGAUCAUGAUUCCAAAGAGCGGGGAUCGCUACACAUCCACAAUUACAGUAGGGCUGUAAUUGUGGAUGUGGACCAGUUACCCUUUAAAAACAGUAAUGAUGUUUUCCAGCCACAUCCUGGCGUUGUUCCCGCUGGUGCAGGGUCCGCUCUUUGCGAAGGUUUCUCCAUUUGGUUCUGUCCAAGGCGUCCUCAGGUGAUGCGUUGACAGUCUUAAUGUCUUCCUUGAUUUUGUCCAUCCACCGUUUCUUCGGUCUGCCUCGAGGCCGGCGUCCUUCUGGGUCGAUCCUCAUAGCCGUUUUUGCUACAGAGUUCUCGUGUCCAUACCACCUCAGGUGGGACUCGAGCAUCUUUUGGACUCGAGCCACAGCCCACCAACCUGUCAUAAAUACGCUGUGCUCUCCUUUAUGUUUGAUUUUAUUUUGCCCCUCACCCCCCAACCCCCAACCAGUCAUGGCAGAAGACCGCCCCUCCCUGAGCCUGGUUCUGCCAGAGGUUUCUUCCUGUUAAAAGGGAGUUUUUCCUCUCCACCGUUGCCAGAGUGCUUGCUCAUAGGGGAUCAUUUGAUUGUUGGGGUUGAAUUUUUGGGUUUCAUUUAAAUGGCUUGAACUGAAAAACCUAAAAAUUCAGGUGAGGGUUUUACAUAGUGGAGAGCACUACAUUUGUUAACUGCACUUUUUUUAUUGUAGUUUUUGCAGUGCUUCCUACUACAAAAACUACAGAUAAAAACCUUGCAGUUAGCAGCAAAUCAAAAUAAAGUUUUUAUUUCAAAUAUAUUUCAUUAUAUUUUCUGUCAUCAUUUUAUUAUAGAUUAAGUGCGGGGAAAGUGAGUUUCAAGUACCGUAGCGAUGCUAAUGCACGUUCUCAGUUGUGUGUUCUCUAUAUGUCUUGUUGAAGUAAGACAGGAUGCAAAGGCUGUAACUGAUCCUUGCAUAGCCACUCAUGUGCUGUAUAUGAAUAGUUAUUUGCUAUUCAUGGGCUGUGAGUUACAGUACAUUGUAUUUCUUGAUGCAAGUGAUAUGUAUGUGUAACCGGAACAAAGGCUGAGGCAACCUGGUCACUGCGAGCCAAUGUUAUCUAUAUGUAUGAUGGUUAAUGUAUAUUCGCCAAGGUUAUUCCUGUACUUUUUUUUUUUUUAUUCCUGUACUUUUGACAAUGCGCUGACAGCUGUUAUGCCACACGUUACAAAGAAUUGCUGGUUCUUAUCAGAGGCGAUUAAUGACUUGUUCCCCUGUUGAUGUGCAGAAUAAAUCCUGCAGUUGAAUUGUAAACAAGUUAAUGAUCUGUGCCUCUUUAUUUCAAUAUACAGCUGCGGGAUCUAGGAUUGCACCCCUCCCAGGCACCUGUCACACCAGGGGGGCAACACAUACUCUGUCUCUUUUCAUAUAAUCUCAGCAGAGCCGGCUCGCCAGCAUCAAAGCCGAAGCCGACAAGGUGUACAGCUUCUCUGACAACACACCCAGCCCGUCCAUCGGCGUGGCCAGCAGGAUGGAGGCUGGCCUGGCGCCCACGCUCCACACGCUCACGCUCCUCGUGAGGGCGUCAAGAAGACGCUGUUUCCCCCUCAGGCGUCCAAUAAAGAUUCGCCGCACUACCCCAGCUACGACGCCUACUACUCCCCACCUACGCCAACAGGGUGGAGUCGGGCCGAGCGGCGAGUGUCGAAGCCGCCAUGUGGUACAGACAGGAGCCCAACUCGCGUCUGUGGUCCUCCGUCUACCCCAGCAAAUACUCGGAGGCUCCGAAACCGCAGGAGGACGACAGGUGGAAGGAGGAGCGGGACAGGAAGGUGAAGGAAGAGAGGCUGUGGCCCAAGGAGAGCCUCCAGAAAGAUGAGUCGGCAAAGGAGGCUCGGAGGGCAGGACACAGCUGGCCUCCGAGGAGCUCCACGGGGGCGGGAAGGAGGCGCGCCGAGCCACCCCGGGUACAGAGGCAUGCCCUCGGUCAUGAUGCAGAAUUACCCAGGCUGCCAGCCAGUUACUACGCUUCCUCAUACGGCGGGAAGGUGGUCGCAGGCGAGGACGGCGAGAAGCCCUCCAGGUCAAGUCCGUCUGUGAAGCUGUCCAGUGAGGCCAAAGAUCUGGACCUGCUGCAGCUGCACGACAGCCAGUACAAAAGCAAGUCACUGUCCAUCCAGGACAGCAAGACGCCGCAUGAGCGGGAGCGGGAGAGAAAGGGAGGGCGACCAGCCACGCUCCUCGCCCUCGCAACGCAUCAGUCCCAUCACCACCUGGGAUACCCUCUGUACGACCUGUCCUACCCCUCAGGCACACUUGAUUGGCCAGCCUCUAUGCCUCUCAGUCAUGUGACUGGAUCAAGUGAAGAAGCGUUUUUGUUUCCGUGACAUCAGUUCAUGGUGUUCUGUGUAUGUUUGACAUCUCUGCCUGGACGUCCAGCCGACUGCUCUGACCCUUGCUGGACCGGAUCCUGGUCCCGUUUGGUUUUGCCGGUUCUGGGCGGUCCCGUUAGCCAACAGGUGCUGCUGGGAUGCAGGUGGGCAGAAUUCACAGUGACGUACCUGCAGGGACGACUGGGCACUCUGUCAUUUUACGGCACUCGGAUUGGGUUUUUAUGUCCUGCGGUGACGUCUGACCUCUUUUAGAAGGACGGGCUCAGCUCUGGAUGACAUCACACCAUUACCUGGAUGCAUUUCAGCUUCACGUGAAAUAAAGAGAACACUGUGGAUGAAGGGGGGCCGGCCUCCUACUCUUCUUUUUGUCUGGUAGGCUGUGCCUCUGUUUUUCUACUGCUGUUGAUCUGAUAUUAAACCUGUAGCUGGUGGAGCAGUGCUCAAGCUCAGUGUCCUCAUUUAUUCCCUGAAAACACCAGAGAGAAGCUGAUGUCGUGAAAUGUCUUCAGGUCCUGGGAUGAUGGAAGGCAGGAGGAAUUCGCUCAGAUUAAAGGGUUCUUCUUUCAAAACAAAAAGCUUGCAGAUUCUGGUUUCAUUGUGUAGAAUAAAAUAUUUCCUGGUUUAAAAACAUAAAACAAAUGGAGAAGUGUGCUUAUGGAUGUCGAUCCAUCGAUUAUUCACUUUAUUCGGUAAUAUGUGGCCUCGUAGAGAACUGACCUGCCUAAUGUACUGCAAAGCACAUGUACAUAUAUUUCAGGAUCACUGUAACCUCAGUGGCUUUAAAUAAACUUUAUUUUGGAGUUUCA